AUGCAAAAUACAAUAUUGACUGAGAAGUUGUGGGAUAAAACACUACUUCAUCAACUGCUUGGCGAUCUCGGUGCUGCCAUAGCAUCUGCAACUUUAGUUACACCAGCUGUGACGAUUAUUGACAGGGCACUGGUUGAGAAGUCCUUAUUAAACCGCCCCUUGAUCCACGGUCUACGAAAGCAUUCGGUCGCUGCAUUGAAAAGUCCCUCAAGAUUCAUCUCCCAAGUACCAUUCAGGAUAAUCUGGGCUCUUUAUGCAGCAACUUUCACAGUCGCAAAUGGUACCGAUUCAAUCUGCAAUAGACUGGAGGCUUCCGCAACGGGUCUCAUCACAUUUGCUACGACAACCUUGGUGAAUGUCCCUCUGGGUGUUUGGAAAGAUAUUCGAUUCGCGCAAAUAUUCGGUGUGAACACCAAGCCUGAUGGGGCUGAGACACUAAGACCAAUCAUUGUCCAGUCUCGUGGGGCUACCAAAGCAGCAGCAGCUAUUUUCCUUAUACGCGACGGAGUGACCAUCUUCGGGUCCUUCACCCUCGCUCCGAGAUUGUCAUCGAUGAUUCCAGAUGAUUAUACUGCUAGUCAUCAUCAGGCAAAGCCAGUCAUUUCUCAGUUGACGGUUCCUGUUUUAUCACAGCUGGUGGCCACGCCUUUGCAUUUGCUAGGCCUGGACUUGUAUACGAGACAGGGUGUACCUUUCGUGGAUAGAAUGGUGCAGUCGCAACGAUACCUACCAUCUGCCACUGUUGUUCGAUGUAUUCGCAUUAUACCUGCGUUUGGAUUUGGAUGUCUUGCGAAUAUGGAAUUAAGAUCUGUGUUUCAUAGGAAACUUAAUGUGUGA